UUGUUUUGUACUCUGAUGAAGAUUUAAUUUCCUCAUGUUUACCAUAUCUGAGUAAUUGAAAUUUCUCAUCGUUGAACUUCAUAUUGUUUUCUGCAGCCCACUGAAAGAUUUGGUUGAUGUCCGCCUGGAGCCUUGCAGUGUCUGCAAUGGAAGACACUGUCAUGCAGAUUCGGGUGUCAUCUGCAAAGGAAGACACGGUGCUGUGGCUGACAUCCUUGUCUAUGUCGGAUAUGAGGAUGAGGAGCAAGAUGGGAGCUAGUACUGUGCCUUGUGAAACAUAAUACGUAUAGUAGGUUUUGUCAGUGUUAAGUGUAUGUUUAUUGGCUGUCAUCCAAGUCGAUAUUUUGAUCAGCUCCUCGUUAACAAUGGUGUUGAGGGUGGCAAGAUUACGGUGAGAGAUGACAUAAGUCGUGGGGAUACGUUUGGAAGAUCAUUGAUGUAUAUGAGGAAGAGCAGUGGACCAAGGACACUUCCCUGCGGAACUCCAGUAUCAAGUGGCCGUGUUGUUGAUGCUGUGUCUUUAAUGGUGACAUACUGAUACCUAUUAGUAAGGGCUUCGGUGGCAAUGACAGCACCCACAUUAAGCAGCAAGCGCUGGCAGUGCCGUAUGGCCAAUAUAAGAGAGCGCAUGACAUAUCUCAGGUCCUCAGCUUUCUUGUCCGAUCUCACCAUUACCUUUCCUGAACACAAGAAGGUGCUAAAGGCUCAUCGGCUUAUGCUGGCUGCGAGCUCACCAGUGUUUGACGCAAUGCUGUAUGGUCCCUUGGCAGAGGAAGGCAAUUUGACUCUGGUUGAUGACCUACCUGAAGCUUUUGACUUUCUGCUGGACUACAUCUACUGUGACAAAGUCAGUCUAUCAGAUGUAGAAAUGACGACCCAGAUAUACAGUCUGGCAAACAAGUAUCAAUUUGAUGCACUUUGUGAUAUAUGCUCAACAUAUCUGGCUAAUGAAGUUAAUGAAGCAAGUUUUCCUUUGAUAUAUGACAUUGCAUUACUGCUAGAUGAUAGUGAACUGAUCCAGAAAUGUGAUGAUGUACUUGCAACAUCCUCAGAGGCAGUGUUGGAAUCAAAGAACUUUGGUCUUCUUAGGCCAUCAUCUCUGAAGAAGGUCCUUAGUCACCCCAAGCUCAAUGUAUCUUCAGAGGGCAAAGUAUUUGCUGCCCUCCAAUCUUGGGGCUUAGUACAGUUAACCAUCAUUGAAGAUGAGGUGCUGAAAGGUGACAUAGAAAAUGUUGAGAAAAAAGUUCUUAAUGUUGAGGAGGCACAAGAUGAUGAAGCCAAGUCAGAAGUAGUAGUCUGCGAAAAGAAGAAAAAAGAAACGGAAGUAGCAGUACCAUCUGACAUUAAUCAUUGUGGAGAAGAACCUUUCAUUCCCAAGCUGCGUAAUAUAGUGAAGGGAUUUCUUCCUCUGGUGAGAUUUCUUGUAAUGACAUCUGAAGAAUUUAUGAGAUAUGUGCUGCCUUCUGGCAUUCUCACUAAUGAUGAAGGUGUGGCUAUUCUACAAAGAAUUGAAGGUGUACAAUCUGUAGUUUUACCAGACUUUAUUUCAUUUCUUUCAACAAAGAAACGAAAACAUAUAAUGAGUUCUUGCUGCUUGUUUAGGCCCCGUUUAUCAGAUGGUAGUAACUAUAGUUUUAACUUUAGGAGUGAACUUCUCCUUCAAGUGCUUGAUAAUUUUAAGACAUCAGAGCCAAUAUUUUUAAUGAAGAUUUCUUCUCCAUGUAUUUCAAGUGUUGAAGAUGGUGAGGUAUCUGUGCUCAAUUCAGCUGAAGAGGAAUUUGCUCAAGGGACUUGGAAAGGUGCUGUUUGCCAUUUUAAAAAGCCAGUUCACCUAGUUCCUGAUCAGACCUAUAAGGUCUUGUUAAAAAUUUGUAAAACUUUUGUGAUGACAGACUCGGGUGACAUCGACACUGAACACAAGGGCGUAAAAUUUGUUGGUACAACUUACUGUCGUGCAGAAGUAAAAAUUGAGUAUAUUUUAGAAAGUGAAAUGUUGAUUGACAAGAAGUAGCAACUUAACAGCAACCUUUGGCACUGUUUGUUCCAUGCAGGCUUAGAGCUUUCAUGCAAAUACAUUAAUUAUAAUCUACCAAAACUUUUCCCACCGUUUGAUUCACUCUUAUUUAACUGCAAGAAUAAUGAUGUAUUAAUAGAUGCUAAUUAGCUUCUAAAUACUGCUGUUUGAGAUUUUUAAACUGUGUUGAUGCAAUGUAGUGCUGAUAAGGCAGGAAUGUUGGUCUGUGGGUCAUUUGCAUUUUGAUGCAGUGGAGGCAGGAACCAUACAUAGUUUUAAAACAAGACAUGAUAAAGCUCAUGGAGCAGGGAGAGGGAGGACCCAGUAGUGGUCAGUGAAGAGGCGGGGCCAGGAGCCAAGUCUCGACCCCUGCAACCACAAUUAGGUGAGUACACAUCUAACAAAACAGCAUUUGAAUGAAUGAAGGUGAAUUGAUUUCUUUUUUUUUUCUUUGGGGAAGAUGGCCAGUAAGGUAAAAAAAAAAAUGUAAUAGAAUACACAAAAGUAUUGGAGUGAUGCAAGAAAAUGAUUAGGAUCAAUAAAUGGAAUUAUUCAUAAAACACAUAAUUCUACCCAACAUUCAUAAAAUUAAAAUCUGUAAUUUUGAAUGUAAGGUAAUUUAAUGUAUAAUAUUUAGAAAUAAACAUUGUGCAUUAAGAAAUAGCAUACAAUAGACUGAAAAGUCAUAAUUUAAGCCUCGUUGUUGAUUUGAAAAUGAAAUGUUAAUUUUAUAUUUUUGGUCUACUAUUUUUGAAAAAUAUUUUGGUGCUUAAAAAUUAUUGCUGUAAUUUUGUUAGAAUAAAUGUAUGGAUUGCA